AUGGCGUACGGCCUGCAAUGGUACUUGAAGACGGCGUUGCACACGCAAACGGACUGGGACAACCACAAAUUGCAACUUCCCUACGUUUUACCCAAAGUUAAACAACACGUGCGACACAAACGCAGUGCCAAGUUCUCGUACUAUCAAAACGUAUGCACCGUCAGCUACUCGUCAUGGACGUGGGGGUGGGCACAAUGGGAGAAGCACAUCGACUGGAUGGCACUCAACGGUAUCAAUAUGCCGUUGGCGUUUACAGGUCAGGAGAAAGUCUGGCAGAACACCUUCCAGAAACACUACAACGUGAGCUCUGCCGGACUCAACAAGUUCUUUGCCGGCUCAGCAUUCCUGGCAUGGGGUCGUAUGGGCAACCUUCGCGGUAGUUGGGUUAAAGGCCCACUUCCACAAGCUUUCAUCGACAGCCAGUAUGCCUUACAGCUGAAGAUCCUGAACCGCAUGCGAGAGUUCGGUAUGAUCCCAGCCUUACCUGCAUUCGCAGGUCAUGUCCCGGAAGAAAUGAAAGCCUUGUUCCCGAACGCCAAGUUCACUCGUUCACCCAAUUGGGGCGACUUUUCCGACGAGUUCUGCUGCGUGUACAUGCUGGAUUUCUCCGAUCCACUUUACUACGAUAUCGGCAAAACAUUCCUCGAGGAACAGCGCGCACUGUACGACUACACGUCGUCAUUGUACCAGUGCGACACAUACAACGAAAUGGAUCCGGAUUUCACCGACCCAGCAAAGCUUCAAGCAGCAUCACGUGCUGUCAUCGACAGUAUGACGGCUGCAGACGCUAAUGCAGUGUGGCUUAUCCAGGGAUGGCUUUUUGAGAACAGCCCUGACUACUGGACCAAGAACCGUGUGAAGGCCUAUCUGGACGGCGUGUCAAACGAAAAGAUGAUCAUACUUGACCUGUACAGCGAAGUUCGACCCGUGUGGAGCAAAAUGGACAACUAUUUCGGCAAAAGUUGGGUCUACUGCGUGCUACAUAACUUCGGUGGUAACACUGGGAUGCGUGGGGACUUGGCAACUCUCGGUACGGCUCCUGUACAAGCGUCCCGUGACAGCAAUGGGACUAUGAUCGGCGUGGGCUUGACAAUGGAAGGAAUUUACCAAAAUUACGUCGUGUACGACCUCACUUUGCAGAUGGCAUGGGUGGAUACCCCACUGGAUAUGGACGAGUGGGUUCCCAGCUUUGCAGCGCAGCGGUAUCACUCGCAAGAUGUGCAUACUGAACGCGCUUGGGGGUUUCUCUUGCAGUCAGUGUACAACCGUACGCUGGGUUUUGGUGGCGUGACCAAGAGUUUGAUCUGCUUGAUCCCACACUGGAAACUCGUCCGUGACGGGUUCAUGCCGACUUCAAUAACGUAUGACCCGAUGGAUAUCACGCGUGCCUGGAAGGAACUGCUUCUUGCAGGGUCGGAAUUGCACGCAGUCGACACAUAUCGCCAUGAUUUGGUCGAUGUAACGCGGCAGUUUCUGAGCGACCACUUCAUGGCUCAAUAUCUCCACUUGAAAGAAAUGUACGAAGGGAAGACACAGCCAGCACAUCAACUGUGUGCUUGGACAGAACGCAUGCUUCUCACGAUCGAACGGAUGGACGAAAUUCUGGCAACUAACGAAGAUUCCUUGCUCGGCAAUUGGAUCGCAGACGCGCGGGCACUGGCGGAAGAAUCUGAGAGUAUCGAGUCGAGUAACCUUCAAGACUACUACGAGUAUGAAGCUCGUAACCAAGUGACACGGUGGGGCGACAACAACUCGGAGACCAUCCACGACUAUGCAGGCAAGGAGUGGGCUGGCCUCGUAAAAGGCUACUACUUGCCUCGCUGGCGCAUGUGGCUCGGAGAAGUCUGUCAGGCGUAUACUCAAGGUCGCACGAUAAACAAGGAGGUGGUGAAGAAGGCUCGCAUCGCAUUCGAGCUCAAGUGGCAGCUCAGCCACGAGCAUUAUCCAACCACAACGGUCGGUGACGCGCUUGUCGUCUCCCAGCGCAUCUACGACGAGUUCGCCGACCUCAACAUCGUUCAGCCAUGGGCAUCGCAACUUGUGAUGCAAAAAUGA